AUGACGCACGUGCACGACCGCACCUUCAUGCCCGACGUUAUCAUUAUCGGUGCCGGGUUCGCUGGAGUCAGCACGUUUUACCAUCUGCGGAAAUUAGGACUUGUCUGCCAGAUUGUGGAGAAGGAGGAUGGUAUUGGUAAUGUUGGCACGUGA